CGAGCGACAGGGAUGUGCUACCAGACCAACUAUGAGCGUGUUCAAAUUCUCCAAAGUGGACUGUUUCCUCACUUAUGUGGGCUUGACAGUCCUCAUUUUGGACAUCGGUUUGGACAUAUACACCGCCUGGUCUUUCUACCAGGAGGAGGACUACGUUUAUCUCGGCAUUCUGAUUGCGUUGCUCGUGGGUUCCUCGAUGCUCUGUCAAGUCUACAGUUGGCUCUGGUAUUCGUAUGAUAAAAAUGGGUCGAUGGUGACGAAAGUUCAGGAGGCUGUGAGUCCGGGACUGCUUAAAGUUGUGCACUUUUUACAGCUGGGAGUCUAUUUCAGGCACGCCACCGUGGUGGACAUCACGACUUGUAGCUGCAUUACCAAAAGCCCCAUUCGAGAAGACCUUGCAGUCUACGCCAUUCACGACCUCAGCCUACUUCGCCUGUUUGAGGCUUUUUCCGAGAGUGCCCCGCAAAUGGUCCUCUUGCUCACCAGCAUGCUGCGGAGAGGCCAAACGGAUUAUCUGACAGCGUUGAAGGCGUUGGCCUCGGCGUCCGCCAUCGCCCUGACGGUGACCACCUACCACCGAUGCCUUCGCUCCUUCCUGCCCGAAAAAGCAAAGCAAAGCGUGUUCUCAUCGUGCGUUUACUUCAUUUGGAACCUUCUCCUCAUCUUCUCCCGCUUGUCCGCCAUCGCCGUGUUUGCCUCCGUUCAGCCCUGCUUCAUCUUCCCUCAUUUCAUUUGCUACUGGAUGCUCUUCUUCUUCUGCGCCUGGCGCUGCAAGAGCACCUUGAUGGACAGCUCGGCCGGGGAAUGGUUUUACCGGGCCACGGCGGCCUUCAUUUGGUAUUUCACUUGGUUCAACAUUGUGGAAGGAAAGACUCGAUACAACACGUUGUGCUAUCACAGCUUGAUGCUUCUCGAUACUGGAAUGUUAUGCGGCUUGUGGUUCUGGAGAACCAACACGCAAACUGCUCUCAUCGUUCUCCUAAGCAUCAUUCUAUUCUAUAUUGCCGGCCUGAUACUAAAAAUCACAUACUACAAGUUCUUCCAUCCGAACCUCGACAAACAUGAGUUGAGAGCAGCAGAGGAGAUGGUCUCCGUGUCGAGCGAAAAUUCGGACGACGUCGCGGAACGAAGGUUUUUGAACGAAGAUGUGGUGGACGGCAUCGUCGCACGAGACGAUGGGAGCCGUUCCGAUGGGAAAAUGAGGAAGCGAACAGAAAAUUACAAUAAAAGAAUGAGGAAGCUAGCGGAAAAUUUCUACUCGUGAGUUACGACACAACGGCACAUGGAUGACUUGGACGUUGGAAGUCAUGCAGAUGCCACUUUAUGUCACGAGAGACAGCUUCUCUAAUCUCAACGUGUACCUCUUAUGCUAUUUUUACACUUGUUUAAUAUACUGUGAUCACUUGCUACUUCGCAAUACCAAAUAAUUAUUAUAUAAAAGUUGUAAAAACAUAUUCAUGUACACUUUAUUUACAACUACAUAUAUACAGUGGUAUAAAAAAAGUAUCUGGACCUUUUGGAAUUUCUCACAUUUCUGCAUAAAAUCACCAUCAAAUGUGAUUUUUUUGUCAAAAUCACACUGAUGGAAAAACAGCGUCUGCUUUAACUAAAACCACCCAAACAGUUAUGGGUUUUAAUGUUUUAAUGAGGAUAGAAUGCAAACAAUGACAGAAGGGGGAAAAUAAGUAAGUGAACCCUCUGCUUUAGGCAGUACUUCUCAAAUAGUGGGGGUGGCGCAUGUGACCUUGGGGAACGUACUUUUUUGCCGUACUAGAAUAAAGUGUAACUGCACAUCCACUCAGUGGGUGGCAGUGCCGCACUCAUUUUUAGCGUGUGCGCAGUAUUUUUUAACCAAAACAAGAGCACACAGUAAAGAGCACUGAAGAUAUGAAAAGCUAAUACAAGGAAAUAUGACGACGCGUAUGUCACAUUUGGCUUUUGGCUUUAACUUUUAGAACAGUGGGAGACAAGGAAAUACCAGUCUGUUUACUUUGUCUAAAAAUGUUUGCAGCGAACAUCAGGAAUUAUUUUCUUCAGCGAAAACAUGACAAAUAUUGCCAACAAUCCUUCCACUUUGUCAGUGUCAGUAACCAACGAGCACUGUCAGCAUCAUAUAAGGUGGCACACCAAGUUGCUCAGUGCAAAAUAACCUCACACCAUAGCAAAGGAGUGGAUGCUGCCUGCAGCAAAAAUAAAAACUGUCCAUCUAUCCAAUGACACUGUAGUUUUUGCUCUAAUAUUUUUUUUUCUCCGUCUAAUUGUUUGGCAUAUUGUCCUCAUGAGUUAGUGUUGCUAAUCAUUUUGAAUUUAUUAUUAUUUAUUGAUUUUUAUGAAAUUUUUUUAGAAUUCAGUAUUUUUUUUUUACACUUUAUAGUAAGUUGAUAUUACUUUUUUCUUUAAUAUUAAAAAACACACAAAGAGGUGUUCCUUUAAUAAGAAUAAUUUUAUAUAUACAAAUAAUACUACAGUAUAUUUACAGUGGUGGCAGAGAGUUGGGGGGGCGCGGAACCUUUUUGUCUGCCUGGGGGUGGCAUAACAGAAAAUAAUUGAGGCUUAAGGAGACCUAAAGAGCAAUUGAAACCAUUUUUUACAUAACAAUUUAAGUCAGGUGUGUGCCCAGUCACUGAUGAGGGGUUUAAAGCUGCCCUGCCCACUAUAAAACACACACCUGGUAAGAAUUGUCUUGAUGAGAAGCAUAUCUUGAUGUGCAUCAUGGCUCGUUCAAAAGAGCUGUCUGAAAACCUGCGAUCAAAGAUUGUUGAUUUCUAUAAACGCCACGAGUUCAGCGCAGAAUACUCAGAGAGGUAUAAAAGAACCCUAGAGUGUCUGCUAAAAACUUACAGAAAUCAUAUUGCUGUGCACACAUCGAAAACUGGCGAAGAAUGGUGUUCAUGGAAGGACUCCAUGGAGGAAGCCACUGCUAUCUAAAAAAAAAAAACAUUGCUACUAGUUUAAUGUUCGCAAAAAGGCACUUGGAAACUACACAGAAAUUUUGGCAAAAUAUUUUGUGGCCUGAUGAAACCAAAGUUGAGUUGUUUGGGAGAAACACACAACGUCUUGUGUUGAGGAAAAAUGGAACAGCUCACCAACAUCAACACCUGGUUGUAGUUAUUGCUGCCAAAAGGCGGAGGAGGGGGGUACAAAAUAUUAAAUGUGAUGGUUCACUUACCGGUAGAUAUGGACGUAAAACAGUCUCGAUUUUUGGUUAAAAGCCAAAAAAACAAAACAAAACAAAAAAACAUGCAGUUAACAUUUAUUUUACGUAAAUAUUGCGAACUAUGACGCCAAUGCCGUAGCGGUUCAUUUUUCCCAUUGAUAAUUUUCACGUUUCAAAAUGCACGUAAGGUACGAAAAAUUUAAUAAUUACCUUAAAUCCUCGAACAAAUCACUCCUGAGACAAUCCUUCCUGUUUGUAUGCUGUACAGCUUUUGUACUUUUUCUACCUAAAUCCGGCGUUGGAUCGCUGCAUGUGUCUCUGCGACCGACUGCGAAUAAGAGGGUGGGCGAUGGCCCCCUACUUGAAGGCGUGGCGCAGAACCUGUUGACCGUAACCCGUCAAUAUAAUUAUGAAGUCUAUGACAUAACAUAGCUAUUAAGAGUUAUUCAGAUAACCAUAGCAUAGAGAACAUGCUAACAAGUUGACCAAACCAAGAGUGUCACUCCAAAUUCAGCCCUUCUCAGUUGUUUUUAUAAGUUACCGCCAUUGUUGAAACACAGGCCUUGCGCGCCGGCUUGCGGUUUUGUGUGAAAAUAGCCCGUGAAGUGAUAUAGGAAUGUGUUAAUAAUUUCACACAUAAGUCGCUUCGGAGUAUAAGUCGCACCCUCGGACAAACUAUGACUUAUCGUCAGAAAAAUACAGUACUAAUUUUUUCCCCCUUCUUCAUUGUUUGCAUACUAUCCUCAUUAAAAUAUAAAAACCUGCAAACGUUUGGGUGGUUUCAGUUUAAGCAGACAGUUUUUUUCAUCUGUGUGAUUUUGACAAAGACCAGAUCACAUUUGAUGGAGAUUUUAUGCAAAAAUGUGAGAAAUUCCAAAAGGUUCAGAUCUAUUUUUCAUAUGAGAGAAUGAGAUAAUUAAUGUACAGUAUGUAUUAUUUGUACAUUAUUUUAUGUAUGUUAUUUAUAUUAUUAAUAUUUUAUUUACGUUUCAAACUAUUCUUUUAUGUUCGUAUGAUAACAUAUGCAUUUAAAGGGUUUUAUAUUUAGAGGACCAAAUGGGACAGAAUGAAAUAUAUUAAUACAAAUCAAUCAAAGCACCGUUCCGACGCCGAAUCUCUUACCGGAACGGCGUUCCGGACUGUUCCGGCCCACUUUCAUCCCUAGUUAAAACCAAGGGGAGGGUUGACAGUACUUUUUGGUUUUUGACGUUACGCGGUUAGUUCUGGUCUUUUUUUACACAGCGAUAAGUGAGGGAUAUCGGUUUUCAUUGUGUUUUUUGUGUUUUCUAAAGUUAAAAAAAAGUCUGAACUUGUAAAGUUUGGAUUUUGAGUUUUUUUUCAAGUGUAUAAAAAGUUUGUUGAAAGCUCAAGUUGCUCCACAUGCAUCAUUUCCUUCCUUCCUUCCUGCCAAGUUGCAUAAACAGACUUUGCUGAAUGUGAUGGUAAGAUUUAAAAAUAGAUAAUAAAAACAUCCUUGAUAUAAAAAAAAUAUAAUGUGUAUAUAUAUAUAUAUGCAUUAAUAUGGUUUUGUAUACACUUUUGAUAUUAAAUGUACACAAAAAAUAUAUAUGUACACCAAAAAAAUGUGUGUUAACAAUUGGAGGUAGGGGGGUGGUGACAUUACGUCACGGUUUUUCCAACAUUAUGCAAAUAAGUGAGGGAUCACUGUGUUGAACACAGUUACUCUCAGUGUUGUUGUCUUCCCUAAUUCAGAGCUGUGCAAAGUGGGCAUAGUCCACAUCUAAAUGCUAUCUUGAAAAUUGAUAAGACUGUGGUAGUGAAAUUGAAAGUAUACAGAAGUUGACUGUAUGAGUUGAUUCGGGAGCUUUGAUGUCACAGCCAAUAAAACUUUCACAAAGAUUAUACUGUAUUUAUUUAGAUUAUUAAGAUUUGUUGAUUUAACAUAUUGGGGGGCUGUUGCAUAAAUAAAAUCUAUCAAAAGAGACAUGAAACAUAUUACAUGAAAUUUCAGUUUAAAAAGAACUAAAAAUUGAGAAACGCAUACCGUAAUUUUCGGAUUAUAAACAGUUUAUACUCCAUUGUGGCUUAUUUGUUGCUUCAUUUGGGUUAAUAGGUAACACUUUAUUUGACAGCGGCAUCAUAAAACUGUCAUAAGACAGUCAUAACUAUGACAUGACACUGCCAUUGGCAUUAAUGAAUGCUUAUGACAGAUGUCAUUAAGUGUCAUCCAGCAAAUUUUGUCACUCACUCCAUUUAUGUCCAGCUCGGAUUUCUUUACAUCCAUUCAAAAGUGAGAUAAUUUGUCCUAUCUGUCAUAAGCAUUCAAUGCUCAUGAUAGUGUCAUGUCAUAAUUAUGACGGUCUUAUGACAGUCUUAUGAUGCCGCUGUCAAAUAAAGUGUUACCGGUUAAUUUUUUUUGGUGUAAAUAUCCCAUAAUACAGUUAUGACAGCUGCGGCUAAUAGUCCGAUGCGGUUUAUGAACAAAUGCCAUUUUUGUGUCAAAUGUGGUGGGUGGCGGCUUUUAGUCAAGUGCGCCUUACAGUCUGAAAAUUAUGGUAUAUUACGUUAAAUUUCAGUUGAAAAAAAAAAUCAACAAAGUUGAAAUGUGCAUUUAUUUAAUUUCAGUUAAA